AUGACAAUGGCCGUCUUCCGGUCCCUCGUGGCCGCAGUCGCCACGCUCUCUCUCGUCAGCGUCACGCAGGCUUGGAACGUCGAGCUGCCUCCUUGCACGUCGGCCUUCACGCCCUUUGUCUACACUGGCUGUUACCAAGAUGGUGUCCCGGGCACCCCCGGCACUCUCAUCUUCCGCUCAUCGUUGCCCUCUAACAACAUGACGGUUGAGAUUUGCGCCGCCGAAUGCAAAGGCAACGCCUUUCGAUAUGCCGGCCUCGAGUACUAUGGCAACUGCUACUGCGGCAACACCAUAGACGGUCCCCAGCUCGCCAACGGUUCCUGCACAUUCCCUUGCAACGGUAACAUUCUCGAGACUUGUGGAGGGAACAACAUGCUCUCCAUCUGGCAGGAUCCGACGUUUCCAACCAGGGCCGCCACCCUUGCUGACUACCAGGCUCUGGGCUGCUACACUGACAACUCGACACAGGGUCGUGCCCUUUCCUGGGCCGCUUCCAUCCCCUCUGCCAACCUCACCACCGAAGCCUGUCAGACUGCCUGUCUGAGAGAAGGCUUCCCCCUGGCCGGUACCGAGUACGGAGGUGAGUGCUGGUGCGGCAACGUGCUCGCGUUCGGCAAUGCCAAGGUGGACAAUUCGCAGUGCAAUGUCCCCUGCAACGGAAACACGACCCAGAUAUGCGGCGGCGGAAGUCGUCUGAAUGUGUACCUCGCCGCGGUCUUGCAGUCUCAGCAGCCUUGCGGCUCCGCGGCCAAUCCUUCCAACCACUACAACAACUACCACAACGACAACCAGCCCAACCACAACCACAACAACAACGACUACCACCAGUCCGACUACCACGACUACAACUACCACCACCCAACUACUACAACAACAACCACCACCAGCCCAACUACUACAACGACAACCACAACUAGCCCAACUACAACAACCACAACCACAACUAGCCCAACUACAACUACCACCACAAGCCCUACCACGACGACAACCACCACAACUAGCCCAACUACCACAACAACAACUACAACUUCUGUUACCACAAGCCCGACCACUACAACUACAACUACAACAACAACUAGCCCGACUACAACUACCACAACUACCACCACCACAAGCCCGACUACAACAACCACAACUACGACCAGCCUAACUACAACUACCACCACAAGCCCAACCACUACAACCACUACCACAAUCACCACCACUACAAGCCUGAGCACAACGACAACAACGACAACUAGCCCAACUACAACUACUACCACAACAACUAGCCCAACUACAACCACGACAACCAGCCCAACCACUACUACCACUACCACAGUUACCACCACUACAAGCCUGAGCACAACGACGACAACAACAACCACUACUAGUCCGACCACUACAACAACUACCACAACCAGCCUAUCUACAACCACAACCACCAGCCCAACCACCACAACAACUUCCACUACUACGACUACCACGAGCCCGACCACAACCACAACCACAACCACAACCACGAGCCCUACUACCACUACCACUACUACGACCACUACCAGCCCAACCACAACGACAACUACUAGCCCAACCACAACGACCACCACAAGCCCUACUACCACCACGACCACCACCACGACCACAAGCCCGACUACAACCACAACGACCAGCCCAACCACGGUCACAACAACCACUACUGCGAGCCCGAGCACGGUCACCACUACCACCACCGCAAGCCCGAGCACAGUGACCACGACCACAACUGCGAGCCCGAGCACAGUAACCACGACUAGCCCGACCACCACGACCACAACCACAACCACAACUAGCCCAAGUACCACAACGACGACGACAACAACAACCACAACCAGCCCGACAACCACAACCACAACCACGACCACGACAACAACCAGCCCGACAACCACGACAACGACCACGACCACGACCACCACAACCGGCAAGGGCACUUGGCCAACCACUUACAAGCACCCCCAUCCUCAUACAACGACGGAUGGCAGUUCUGUGUGCACGACCACCGUCAUAAGUCCUUCCACCUGCGAAUACAAGUGCGGCAACUGGUGCCUCUCUCCUCUGCCUGACUGGAGGACCGAAAAGGAGUGCUCGAAGGCCUACGCCACUUGUGCCGCGAGUGUGGCUUCUUGCUUCGCCCACGCCGAUUUCCCCGACGUUCUCCAGUGCUUCAAUUUUGCCUUGUGGUGUGGCAACAUUGAUAGGUAUUGCAGCUCAACGUGCAAGUACAACAAGUGCUCCAAGGUCGACUUCUGGAGCAGCAACCCCGGCCAGGGAGUCGGUCCUCUCGAGACGACCACCACUGUCGUUCCCUGCCCUCCCAGCACAGCAACCAAGCUCCCGAACACCACGACGAAGCCCAGCCAGUGCCCUCCUCCUACCACCAACAUCUGCACGCAGCCCACAAACGCCAAGUACGGCUAUGGACCAGGCAAGCCCGUCGGUGGCAUCGAUCUGCCCAUUGUCAGCUGCAAUGACAUGUACAGCGACUGGCGCGAGAACCCCUUCAAGCUGUACAUUGACCAGGACAGCCUCAACUGCCCAACCUAUCCUCGGUCUGCCUGCGGCGAUGCUUGCGCGGAUGCCUGCAAGGAGCAGUUCAAGCAGUGCACAGACGUGUACCAGAAGGGCUGCCAGGAGGGCACCAAUGGCCGGUGGAAGCGCGGCAAUGAGGCGAAUCACUUCCUCAGCACCAGCCAGUUCACGCAGGACUGGGGCUUUGGCGACAAUUCUCCUUCCAACGCAGCCAAGAAGUGCUCGGCUCAAUACCAGGACUGCCUGGACGCGAACAAAGACGUCAAACCCAAGAAGCAGUGCUCGUGCUGGACCUGCUAA